UUACUAGCUGCCCGCUACGUCAUCUCGGAUUCUAGCAGUAGUAUAGUACCUCCGAAUCCCAGGCACUCGGACUCGGAGCCAGCCAACCAGGACGUAUCGUAAAGGAGCGGGCGUAUUUCCUCGAAAGACGAGUCUCUCGACCAACAGCUCUCUGACAUGACAGCAAAGGAAGAGUGACGUCUUCACAGAACUUCUGCCUGACCUGGUUUCCACGCUAACUCCAGGUGCUAUGCGUCGCCAGUGUGGGGCUAAGAAGCUGAUUAAGGAGGAACAGCGUCAGCUAUUUGCAUCAUACAUUGGCCCUGCAGCGCAGAAUGACGCAUUGCUCGAUGCACUACGCCUGGGUGAUGACGAAUCCUUCCACACCUUCCUUGAAUGCAUCCGUAAAGUCGAGCCACCAGCCAGCGCGAGAUGGUUAUUGGCCAAGCUGGAACGCGUCGACAAAUUCCGCAGCACUGCUGAGGCCGAAUUAGCAUCUGCGGGAGCAUCCGCUGCUGAUCCAGUGGCAAAACGAGGUGCGGGUCUGUCCAACAACGCCAUGCAUGAAGCUACAAAUAUGACACUAAGCAGCGGUUUGACCAGAGUACGCCGUAUCCGCAUCAGCCUCUGUGGUCAGUUUGGAACCGGCAAGACGAGCCUGGUGGAUUCGCUCAAGAACAAACAGUUCGUGGACAAGAGGGCAAGUACACCGGCACUUGCUGUUGAUCAUGGCAAUGUGCUCCACGGAUCAGGAAACCUGACGGAUUGGAAGUUCAAUGCUGCAUUCCUCUAUACUCCGGACAUCCUUGUCCAGGCUAAAGAUCUUGAGAAGAAACACCAGCAACGGGAACAAGAAGCGGCAAUCCCGAAAAUCCCGAAGCGAGCUGGGUCUACAGGCCUCCAGCAUACGGGAACAGCGACGCAAGAGGCAGCAUCGCCAGCAGAACACUCACCACGUCCAAGAGCAGCAGCACCCCAUCGUACUGCCCGAACACCGGCAAACGCGGAGGGGAGCUCUGCAUCGUCAGGACACAAGCAGGCGUCCAAGCAAACGUUAAAACUUGGCAAAGGUCCAGAAGCAGCACCCAGCUCAGCUGAAUUGACACAGAGCCUCAUCGAUGUCAUCUUGGAGAACCAAGAGCUGAUGCGAGACAUUGGAGAAGAAGAAGUGGUGGUGUCCAUUUGGGAUUGCGGCGGCCAAUCAAUCUUCUCAAGCCUGCAGCAUUUCCUAAUGGGUAAAGAUUACGUCAUCUAUAUUCUCUGUUUCAACGCCUCAGAAAACGUCCAGCUCACCAAACAGCAGAACUACUGGAAGUGGUCAGGGAGUACACUGUCUGAAAUGACUCUGGACGUACCGGAGGAGCUGGAGAACAUCGACCACAUUCGGCACUGGCUAACAGCCAUCCACUUUGCCAGCAACCCAGGCAAGGCUGUGGAAAGCGAGGCGUUUGACUACCCGCCUGUGAUAUUGGUGGGGAACUUUGCCGGCAAGCUGUCGACAGAUAGGACACUUUCGGAGCACAAGGUUGAUAUCCUCAAGAAGCUGGGAAAGCUCUGCCGCCGGUCACCAACUUUCCAGGGUAUGCUCGAGAGCGAUGACAUUGAUCCCGCAGGGUUGUUCCUUGUGGACAACCACGAGUCCGGAGCUUCUCAAGAAGUUCAAGGAAUCCGAAAGAAGCUACAGGAUGCUGUUUCAUCGGUGCUGGCAAACAAGGAGAUUCCGACGGAAUGGGUUCGCUUUGAGAUGAUAAUGGAGUAUCUGAAGAAACAACCCACCCACACUGGCUACAAAACACGAGACUCGAUGAAGACACUGGUGGAGAAGGCCUGCAAUAUCCGCGACGACUCCGGCAUGGACGGCACACUAUCCGAAUUCGAGCGUCUUCUUCGGUUCUACAACGACCUACGUGUCAUCAUCUAUCGGCCGGCAAACAAGAACUCGCCGCAGCCUGAUGACAUCAUCUUCCACAACACACAGUGGCUCAUCAGGCAGAUCAACGUCCUCGUCUUUGGCCAUAUGUACCCGGUUGAACCUGGCGGAGGUGAUGGCAGGACGGCAAAGGAAGCAGGGGCAGCAGAAACGGAGUGGCGUGACUAUCUGUGGAAAGAGGGUAUAGCACGCCGGCAACUAAUGGAGAGUGCCUGGAAAGCAGUCAAAAGAGAGGUUCGUAACAAGAUGAUGGAUGUGAUGGUCGACUGGGAUUUUCUGUACAAAUUCGGAGAUGCCUCGCAUGCAAAGUACUUCAUCCCAUCAGCUCUUCAACGUCGACCGCCGAAAAAAAUCGAGGAGGCCCUGCGCAGCUUCCAGCAGGACAAUGAGCCAAACGACGUCUGCUUCUCCACAGCUGACACACCGUUACUGAUCAUGGUUCAGCCACCAGGCAAGCCUGAUGAACACGUCCUGAGCUACAAGUAUCCCAACGCGGACACACCGAUGCCACACAGCUCCUACUUCAAGCUACUUGUACGGCUCAUGAGAAAGUGGGAGGUUACAAAUACCGACCGGAGUCACUGUGAGCUCACCUACAACACAGCCAGGUUUCGGCUGUGGCUGCCGGAGCAGCUCCGUGACCAGUUCCCAGGCAAGGUGGAAAUCUUCUUGGCUCACUACGACUCGUCAGGUGCCCUGCUGGUCAGCAUCAACUUCCGGUGCUCGCCUGACUGUGCUGCUAGCGCCUCUAACUGGCUGCGUCCGAUCUCAUCGAUAUGCCAGCAUAUUCGCAAGGAUAUCAUGGAGGAGUUGGGUAAGCUGGAGAACCCGAAACUGGACGAAUCGGUCAUGUUCAGUUUACCACUACCGCCAGUAUGCGCAUGCAAAGCACAGGAGUGGAAGGACUACAGCAGCGAAAGCCGGGACCUCGGAUACGCACCGUGGCGCGUACGCUACAGCGAAUCCGGUACUCAUCACGAUCCGUACUGUGCCGGGUGCAAGUCGCACUACAGCAUACCCAACAACUCAAACUGCUGGUUCAAAGCUAGUAGUAGCUUCCAGCUCGAAGGACAGCAGAAUGCUGUAGCGAGGAAGCAAGUGGCAAUCUGGAAGAAGAAAGCGGAGAUUGCCAAUGAUCAGUCACUUCCUACGGAGGUGAAGAAGUUCCUUGCUGACCGUGCGGACAAGUGUCUGUGUAUGCUGGCUGGAAGCAGAGAUACACUUGCCGUGGCAUCAUCGUCGUUCGGCACUAUCGAGCUGGCUGUGGGUCUGGCCGAGUUAUGGAUGCUGUGCUGCCAGUAUGUCGGUGCUGGGCAUUCGGAUGUGAUCCUGCGUGUUGCUCGGAUGUGCGACACUUUGCAGAGCGAAGAUGAGCUUGUUCAUGUUCUAAGUCACUUCUGUCAGGAGAAACAGUGUGGCGGUUCUGAGCAGACAUUGAAGGUUUCCAUCAUGUCACCUCUUGUCGCAAGGAAAAGAUGCCAGCAGUACCCGCGUCCGUUGUGGUGCUUCUUGCUGCUCAAGCACUUCUUUUAUCAUCAAGAAGAAGGGCAUAGAUGUUAGCAAUCAAAUCGGUGAUUUGCCAGCUAUCGACUCGAGCCUAGCGAGCUGGAGCUGGAUUGCUCCUGCGGUUUCUCCUCCUGCCAGUGUCCAGGCCACAUUGCCUGCUCCUGCCAGAGUCCCGGCCUUGCUACCUGCUGCAUCAGGCAUGGAUAUGCCACCAACUAGCAGGGGCAUGUGAGCUAUUGCCGGCAGUUUGACCGCGAUCUCGUCUGUCUCUGUCUGUUGACAGAUGCAGUAUUAUUAUUAUUAUUAUUCCCUCAAAUGAUGAAGUAGGUUAUUCGUGCGUGGAACACACGCUUCCUGCCGAACUUGACACUAAGUUCCCUCAAAUGAUGAAUGUUUUUAAUCAAUCGUGACUUGAUAGUUUUGAUUGCACUACAGCAAUGCCAUGGUGGCAGCAAUUCAAGAAUAAUUUCUUCUUGAUGACAUUGGUGUUGUUUCCCAGCGCAAACAUACAGCAAUUUUGGCAUUAUAAUUCAACCCUUUUAUGAAUUAUCCCCAGACUUUUUUCCGUUUUAAAUACCCUUGACAAAUGAAUAUUUUUUAAUCAAUACUUUGAAUUCCUUGACUGUCGUGCAUUUCAAUAUCAAGAAUUCACGUGACAUACCA